AUGCUCGUCGACGCUACCCAGCACUUCAACGUUCAUUAUUGCACCGCAGCAGGAGCUCUCCUGAUAGCAUACUAUGCUACCCCUUAUUUACUGGACCCGCACGAUUACCGACGCCGGUUCUCUGGACCAUGGGUUGCAUCGUUUACCAAUCGGUGGCUUUCAAAGGACUUUAGCUCUGGCCAUCAUUGCGAUACCCUCGUUCGGCUUCACGAGAAAUAUGGAAAGUUUGCGAGAAUCGGCCCCAAUCACAUCAGUAUCGCGGACCCUGAGGCUUUGGAAGCUGUCUACGGGCACUCAAACGGGCUGCUCAAAUCUGAGUUUUAUGAAACUUUCAACCCUGGUAGUGAGAGGGAUGUAUUCAACGUCCGAGAUAGAGCUGAUCACACCCUAAAACGUAAACGUAUUGCAAACAUCUUCAGCCCCCAGAGCAUUUUAGCCUUUGAGCCUCGUGUCAAGGAGCACCUCCAACAGUUCUGCGCACAGUUGGAUAUGCGAUGUGAACAAUCUCUCAAGAAUACUUCUGGCUUCAACUGGAGCGCCAAGGGUGGCCGAGCAGUUCUCAACUUUCCUCCGCAGCUAGCAUAUCUCACCUUCGACAUCAUCAGCGAUUUGGCUCUUGGGGUCCCUUUUAGAAUGGUAGAAAGACAGAAGGACUCAACUCCCGCAUCUUUAGCGAGCACAAGCUGCAGUGGCUCUCGGGCCUUACCCACCUGGAUCCAGAAAUUGCUCCUUUUCGGUACUCCGUUUAACAUCCCGGCCCUUAUCACUCUCCGCGACUUCAGGAAUACCACCAAAGCUGCAGUUGAUGCGCGCAUUAAUAGAAUGAAGAAUGAUGGGCAAGAAGAUGAAGAGCGCGGAGCUGACCUGAUGGAUAGACUCUUUGAGAUCAAGAACCCCGACGGCUCGCCUUUGUCAAGAGAGGAUAUUGAUGCUCAAGCUUUCUUAGUAUUCAGCGCAGGAAGUGAUACGACUGCAAAUUCGCUAAGUGGCCUAUCUUAUUACAUCGCUUCGAACCCCCGGGCCCGAAAGAAGCUACAGGAGGAGCUUGAUUCGGCUCUUUCAUCAUCGGUAGAGUUUGACGACGACCAAGUCGCUCACACAGUCCCUAGCUGUGAGCAGAUCAAGAACCUUCCGUACCUCAACGCAUGUGUGAAAGAAGGCCUGCGACUUUACUCCACCUUGGGUCUCGGGCUCCCGCGAGUUGUGCCACCAGGCAAGACUCUGACGAUUGCUGGGGAGACCUUCAACGCCGGAAGCGUCAUCAGCGUACCCUCGUAUUUAACCAAUAGAUCCAGCGUGUGGGGGUCCGAUCCCGAGGCUUACAGGCCGGAAAGGUGGAUAGAAGACACCACUGGGUCUCUGAACAAGUACUUUGCUGCAUUUUCAUUUGGGCCUCGAUACGACGUUGAGCUCGCUAGUCCUAGCACCAAGCUUUCGAUCAAGGAAGGGAUAGUCAGAGAAUCGACUCGUUGCGAGCUUUCACUCAAGCGACGGGUCUAA